UCCGAGUUGUCAAUUGAAGUAUCGCAGUGGACUCCCAGUGUCCGGGGUCUAUCAACUUUUUGCACUUUUUGCUCUUCCACUACACAUACCCAUUCAAAAAACAACGCGAUGGCAGCAACAGCAGCGUGGCUUGCGCCUCCUUCACGGACAGAGCUUAUUGAAAAUCUGGUAUCCGGGGUUGACCGUUACAACCCGUCAAAUGUUGGUAUUCUCGAGGACUACCUCUACCACCAGAUACGCAGCGAGGAGUACGACUGUCUUGCAAAUCUUGCUAUCUUAAAGCUUUACCAAUUCAACUCUGACCUCUUCAAUCCUGACGUGGUCAUCAAUAUCCUCCUCAAAGCUCUUACAGCAGAGCCUUUCCCAGAUUUCAACCUCUGCAUAUCUAUGCUCGACGACCGGCCAGUCAAUGGCACCCUCGACGAGCCCGAUCCAUUACCUACACUUCUGCCGCUCCUCAUGAAUCUCUACAACCUUCUUCACCAGUGUCGUUUCUCUGCGUUUUGGACCCUGUACCGAUCCGAUGAAUUGGAGGUUAUAAGAGAGAAUUAUACAGUGGAGUGUACAGGUUUCGAAGAUGCCAUCCGGGAAGUUGCCGCGCGAUCAGUAAAGGCUACUUUCACGCGGAUCAGCAGCGAGAGGCUGGGAUCCUAUGUGGAUCUAUCAGGACCAGAGCUAGAGGCAUGGGUCGCAAAACAACGGUGGACAAUUGAUUCAUCGACUGGCGUGGUCAGCAUACCGCCAAACCCUGACAAUCAUAUUGAAUCGGUUGUCAUUCAAGAGCAUAUCAAGCUUCCACAGCUUAGCAAGGUCAUUUCACACACUGUGCAGGUCAAAUGACAUGGCAAUAUCUGUGUACAUUGUACAUUACCCAUUUAAUAUGAUGUCGAUGGAUGUGAUGCAACCGGGCGACGAUGGUGUAUGGUACAUAUUUUGUGCGAUAA